AUGGCGCUGGCCCCGCAGCCCGGGACACACGAGAGGAGCAGGCUGCUUCGCAGGUGGUACGAGCUGGUGAUCGAGAGCAAAGACGACCUGGCCAGGAUCAUAACAGCGGAGAACGGCAAACCUCUGAAAGAAGCACAGGGUGAAGUCCUGUAUUCGGCCUCGUUUCUGGAAUGGUUUGCAGAAGAAGCUUGCCGAGUUUAUGGUGAUAUUAUUCCAGCAUCUGGGAAAGACAGAAGAAUCCUGGUGCUGAAACAGCCAGUAGGAGUGGCAGCUGUUAUAACCCCAUGGAAUUUCCCAAGUGCCAUGAUCACCCGGAAGGUGGGUGCAGCUCUGGCAGCUGGCUGCACGGUCGUAGUGAAACCCGCCGAGGACACGCCGUUGUCAGCGCUAGCUCUUGGAGAGCUUGCAAACCAGGCUGGAAUUCCAGCGGGAGUGUAUAAUGUUGUUCCUUGUUCCAGACAGAAGGCACCAGCUGUAGGGGAAGUUUUGUGCACUGAUCCUUUAGUAGCCAAAAUAUCUUUCACUGGCUCCACUGCGACAGGAAAGAUUCUGCUGAAGCUCGCCGCGGGCACCGUGAAGCGAGUGUCCAUGGAGCUCGGAGGGCAUGCUCCUUUCAUUGUGUUUGAUAGUGCCAACGUGGACCGUGCUGUUGCAGGGGCCCUUGCUUCUAAAUUCAGAAACUCGGGGCAGACAUGCGUUUGCACAAACCGUUUCCUGGUGCAGAAGGGAAUCCAUGACAAAUUCGUGGAGAAGUUUGCUAAAGCCAUAGAAAGAGAGCUUCACGUUGGAAAUGGAUUUGAUGCAAAAACUACACAGGGACCACUCAUUAAUGAAAAAGCAGUGGAGAAGGUAGAGAGACACAUUAGUGACGCAGUUUCUCAAGGAGCAUCCAUUGUGACUGGAGGGAAACGACACAGCUUGGGGAAGAACUUCUUUGAGCCAACUUUACUUAGCAAUGUUACAACCAAAAUGCUUUGCACCCAAGAAGAGACAUUUGGUCCUUUAGCACCCGUUAUCAAAUUUGAGACUGAGGAAGAAGCUGUUGCUAUAGCAAACGCAGCCAGCGUUGGUUUAGCAGGAUAUUUCUACUCUCAAGAUCCGGCUCAGAUCUGGAGAGUUGCAGAGCAGCUGGAAGUUGGAAUGGUUGGGAUCAAUGAGGGCAUCAUCUCCUCCGUGGAGAGUCCUUUUGGUGGAGUAAAAGAGUCGGGCUUAGGCCGAGAGGGUUCAAAAUACGGCAUUGACGAAUACCUAGAGAUAAAAUAUGUCUGCUUUGGAGGCUUAUAAAGUUUUUCAAAAA